CAUCGCUGCUACAGCUAUGCCCAUUGCGGAGCUUUUGGGAGUCCAGUUUGAUAUGCAGCUGCUGUGGAAACUUAGUGUCUCUGUGGCUGCAGUGCUACUGGUUUCCUGGGCCUACAGGUUCUACAGCUCCAGGCAUGUAACAAGAAUACAGCUCCGUGUCAACGACCAAGAGCCAGGAAAUGCAACCAGCCAAAAGCGCAAGACAACACUUCAGCAUCAAAGCUUACCAAAAGAUGAGACAGAUGAUGGGGGCCAUCAAUCCAGACCCUUACUAGCAGACUCAGGUACUGAUGACUUGACAUCUGACAGCACCAAGGAGACACCAGCAGAGACUCUUCCACAUCAGGUUAAAACAAGUGAGGAUGCAUUCGUGUCAAACAAUGACCAAGAAGAAAUACGCGCUUAUGAAAACCAGGCACAGGUUGUCGCCAGUAAUAACUUGUUUGGAUCCGCUCUGAAACUUCCUGAUCCAAAAGAGAGCGGAAUGAUCAGUACAACAGGGCGGCGCUCCCCUUGCUUUUUGCAGAAGCUGGAGGGAAGUGUCGGUGUGGGCAGGGAGUUAAGGCAGGACCUGGAGAGCCAAGGGUCCUACUCCAGGUUCCUCUCCAAGGCAGAGAUUAAAGUGGAAGAUGCAAACAUAGUGCUGGAAGGAAAAGGGGACCAGAUUGUGCAUGGAAAGAUAUACGAAUACUACGUUGAGUCGUCUUCUCACUCUGGAAGCAGUGGCAACAGUUUCACAGAGUCUCCAUCAUCUUUAAGCCCCAUCACUUUCCGUGAUCUGGGUUCACCACAAAGCACUGAAAAAGAUGGCUCCUCACCGGGAUGCCUCAAGCUGAGACACCCUGCAAGGCCUGCACUCUUACGCAAAGAAAGCUAUCUGUCUGCGGCACAGGAAUCAGAGCUUUCAAUCCCUUUUCUAACUUCAAGAGCCUCAACUCCAGAGACUCACUCUCUGACUACAACUGGUGAUGAGUCUGUCUCUGUUCACCCGAUUAUCAGUCCUACUACAGACAGCAAAAUCGUAGAUAAAGAGACUGUAGCAGGGGCUCCAUUUUUAGACCUUCCAGCAAAAAUUCUUGAUGACACAGAUUUAGAAAUCUUGAAGAGCAAGCUUGAUCUGGGUAAUUGUUUGGAGACACUGUGCUCUGCUAAGAAACGUGGCCAGAAAUCUUUGCAGCAAGCAGCCCUGGGGGUUAUGUCAGAUAACUACCUCCAUGUGCUCAGGGAUCCCAAGCUUUAUGGGCAGCUAAUGGCUGGUGAGCGGGAACAAAUCCAGAAGCAGAGAAUGAGGGGGAAAAGGUUUGUCGUGGUUGCAGAUAUGGAUCCUCAAGACUGGGUCAGCAACACUGAAGGGCACAGAGCAACAUCAGAGCAGAGGAGGACAUCAAGUGCAGUGUACUAUUAUGAUGACUACAAAGACACUUGGCAAAGACUCUGCCUAAUCCCACAGGAGGUCAUCUCCAAAGCCUGUGCUAUGUGCACAAUGGAUAACUACUUAUUUGUGGCAGUAGGCUGCCAAGGCACAGACAGAGAAAUGACACCCUCAAAGCGAGUGUUCUGCUACAAUCCUUUGACAUCCAUUUGGAAAGAGAUCACUCCUAUGAAUGAAGCCAGGCCCCGCUGCAAACUGGCAGCACUGGAGGGCUACAUCUACGCAAUUGGAGGAGAGUGCCUCUCCACAGUGGAGCGUUACGACCCACGAUUGGACAGAUGGACAUUUGUGGCUCCUCUGCCUAAUGAUACAUUCGCCGUGGCACACCAUGUCACAGUAUGCAAUGGAGAGCUUUUUGUUUCUGGGGGUACUCUUAAAUAUAUGCUACUGCGCUACAACCCCAGAACCAACACCUGGAGGCCAGGCCUCACAGUUGGGAGCAAAGACAAAACCGUAGAUAUGGUGGCUGUGGGAAGAUUUCUGUAUCGGUUUGAUGUUAAUCCAAUCCUGGGUGUCAGUGUGUACCGCUACCAUACAGUGGCCCGACUGUGGUAUGAGUGCAGCUCUAAACGGCUUCUGCACUGCCCUGCCUUUCAGUGUGUCGCGAUGGAUGACACAGUAUAUUGUGUCAGCCGCCAGUUCACCAUGAGGUUCGAGGCUGAUGAGAUCUCGCCUGCCUUCACAGAUGAGGAUCUGAGCAUCCUCUCUGCAGCCAAGGGCAUACUUUUCCCCUUUAUUCUUUCUCUACCUGAUAAGAAACCUCGGCAGACUAGUGUGUAAUGAGGAUUAAAUUUUCCAUUGAUGGUAAGAUUAGAUUGUGAUUGAGCAUCCUUACAAGAGCGUGCUUUACAUCAAGUUUAUUGUUGACUGGGUGAGUUUUGCUUUGGUCAGCUUUAUGUUCAGCUCAACCCAGCCCCAAAUUUCAUUGCAAAA